CAUAUACCUCUCGAUCCCAAGGCGGGCAUACGACUGUCUCUGCCACCCACACCCCGCCCUUGACUCGCGACUGCUCUUUUCUUUUCGCCAUCUGCAAUUGUGACUCUUUGCACACAGUCUGAGUGCUACACCACUGCAACGCCCAUCUCGAUCCACAAGAUGACGGACGCAGAGCAACCGCAAAGCCAAUCCUACCUCGAUUCUGCUCGAGACCUCGUCUCAUCAGCAGGCGCCACUGCGCAGUCCGCAUACGAGCAGGCUGCCCAAAAAGCAUCGGACGUGUAUCAAGCCGCACCCGCCAUCCUGCCCGGCUCUCAAAGCGAAAAGUAUUCGGAGGACAGUGGAGCAGUGCCCAAUGAUGGAGGCGAUGCGGAUGCCAAGAGCGGAGAAUCAGCGGCAUCGUCUGGCAGGGAGGAGAGAGUCGAAGAGACCAGAUCCAAAGGACCUUCGGAUCCCGCACGCCUGAACAAGUCGCAGCAAGACAUUGGCACAGAGUACAAUGUACCAACCGCUGCCGGUCAAGGGACGACGCGCAGUGCCGACGAAAAGGCAUUGGAAGCGGCCAAGAACGAAAAGGGGGCAAAGCAAGCCAAUGUGCCUCAAGACUACACUGACGAGCCAUGUCCCGACAGCAACAACAAUGGAGGCGAACCAAAGGCAGGCGGCAGACCACGAGGGAACUCGGAGGCUGUUUCGGAUUAUGGAAGCUACGAUGAUGAUGGCAAGCCGACCAGAGGCAUCGUGGGCAAAGCUGUAGCUUCGGCAAAGGGCAACGCGAAAGUCAUCGCUGGCAAGAUCCAGAAAGACGAGGACAAGGUGGAGACCGGCAAAGCUCUCAAGCGCGGCGAGAUCUGAGCAGAUCUGAGCCAUUCAAACCGCGCAGACUCUCUUCGUCAAGCUCGACGUGCGCAUCGAUUUUCAACAGCAUCGUAGCCUUUGUUCUCAGACGAGUCCCAUUUCUGCCAAACUGUAUUCUCCUCUGUGCUCCUGAUUGGUCUUCUAACAUGCAUUCGGCCUCGGAACGACUCAAAAGUCCCGCUGCAUUGCAUCAUCGACGGCUUGACUCAGAAGGUGCGCACUUCAGUCACGUUUCUGUCCGAGUCAAGCCCAAGUCGCAAGCCUCUGCCAUGCCAAGGCUUCUUGACCCCCUGUACGCCAUCCCCAAAGAGCUCGUAGCCAGGCAUAU